GGAAAAAUGACGCAUCUGCAAAGAAAUGCGAAGAGACGGUCUCCUUUCGUAGACUAUAGCUCCCUGUCGAGGGUUAGGAGGGUGUGGGGAGUGGAGGAGCGGGGUAGUGGAGGGGAGUGGGGUGUGUGGAGGGGUUCCAAGGGAAGACGUGACCUACCGGAAAUCUCCCGGCGACCAAUGGGACGGCAGCUACGCGACGCAGCCAACUAGAGCGAAGGUACACGCGAGUUGACUGAGCCGUGUACGGGGAGGGCGAGCGUAACGGAGUGUAGACUCACUCAGGCAUGGAGGCGUCCGAAGCCACUUCAGGUGCGCUGCUCACAGGCCAGGCCAGGUCAGCCAUGGAGAACUUGUCACAGUCGGCUGUACAAGGCGAAGACCAGGACAUGGUGCCGUUGGAGAUGAGAGAUUCCCCAAACUCGAAGCAGCGGGACGGAAAUGGGCGACAGUGUCACGGUGGGGUCAACCAGCUGGGCGGCGUGUUCGUCAACGGCCGUCCAUUGCCGGAUGUCGUACGGCAGCGGAUCGUGGAGCUGGCGCAUCAAGGUGUCCGGCCAUGCGACAUCUCGCGGCAACUCAGGGUCUCGCACGGCUGCGUGAGCAAGAUCUUGGGCAGGUACUACGAGACUGGAUCUAUUAAACCCGGAGUCAUAGGGGGUUCAAAGCCCAAGGUGGCCACACCCAAAGUUGUGGAGGCCAUCACAAAGUACAAGGUAGACAACCCCACAAUGUUCGCCUGGGAGAUCAGAGACCGCCUGCUGGCGGAGGGCGUGUGUACCCAGGAUAACGUACCCAGCGUCAGCUCCAUCAACAGGAUCGUUCGCAACCGCGCUGCUGACCGCGCCAGGUCCACGUCUCCCAACAGUCAGGCCAGUCCCCCCAUGGGAGUGGAGACGCCCUCCAUGUCACAGGCUUCUCCGUCCCCCUCCGCCAGCGACAUCCACCGCCCAGGCUACAGCAUCUCCGACAUCAUCAAGCCUCCCAGCACCGGCAAGCGGAAAGGAGAGUCAGACGCGGCCAAUGGGACGCGAGAAAAUGUAGAAAACAGGAUCGAGGGCAUGUGGCCAUACGACGUCAGACCUAACCCCUCCAAGAUGGCGCGGCUGGAUAACAACGGCUCCAGCGAGCAGCCGGACGUGCUGACCAACGGCCAACCCAGCUUCGCCCUGCACCCCGUCGGCUACGCGCUUCCUGCCUUCUCGGGUGCACAUCCACCCAGCGGCCACUCGGCCACGGAGAUCAAGCAGGAGUACCAUAUAUCGGGGGCAGGAGGCAGCGAGCCACACACGGCUGCAGCCGCUGCCUACACUCCCUCGCUAGUGCAUGGCAGCAGUAGCAGAGGCGUCCGGACCCCAUGA